AUGGUGAAAGGCACGAAUGGUGGCGUGAAAACGGUGGCCACAGAAGAUUUAGAGGUGUCCCAUCCCGGUCACACAUGUCAGGUAUGCCGAGGAGAAGACACCAGCGAGAUGGUGAUGUGCGACAAUUGCCGGAAAUGGCAUCACUUCCAAUGUGUCGGUGUCACGCAGGAGGUUGAGAAUCAUCCCUGGAGCUGUACCAAAUGCGGAACCGCAACCGGUGUCCAGACUACGAUUUCAACCUCUGAUACAGCCGAUCAGUUAGGCGGUAGUCAUAAGCAACAGUCGUCGAAGCCAGAAGUCGGAGAUCCACCACUACGAGACCAGAAGCAAAAUCAUCACCAAGCCAACAACACCAAAUUCGUGCAAGUACAUGCACCAACUUGCCUUCCUAGCACAUCCGGUACUAGUCAUGCAAACGUUGUUCUCGAUGUACCAUUCGCUGCAACUGUCCAGCGGGAAGAAAAACGCGAAAAGAAAAACGCACCGAGAGCUACCUCAUCUGGAUCGAGUCGCUCCGCGCAAGCUGUCGCAAAACUGAAACUUCAGAAGCUGGAAGACCUGAGAAUUGUAGAACUGCGUGAAGCAGAGCUUCAGCGAACAAUUGCAGCAGAAUCGGUGAGGAAGGAAAGGGCAUACCUGGAACAGAAAUAUCAGCUGCUGGAGGAGGCUAUGAGCGAAAAUAACUCAGUUACCGGUGUGUCUGCAACACGAGUGAAAGAAUGGGUUGUAGCUAGCAGCAAUCAACAUAAAGUGCACGAACGGAAUCCUGCGGAAGGAAGCCAGAUUGAUCCGGCCAAUCAUUUAAGCGAAAUCCAACAAGGGUACUCAACAACCAUGGAAGAUCCGAAGCCGAACAUAAACCUUCCCGGCAUAGGCCUUCCCCAAGCGCUCCAUGUAACGGAGUUGUUGAAUCCGAUGCCGAUAUUCGAUCCACCAAGACCUAUAAAUACAAGUGUACUUCAUCCGGCCCUCCAAACAGAACCGCCGCGGUCUAUGAUCAUCCAGAAUGAUCCUGAGUUUCUACGGAACCCAGAAAACACGAGGUUAAAUUCGCAGCCCCUCAACGUUCCAAUGGCUGUCUCAGAUCGAAGACCUCUAGUAACGCACCCAAUCCCUGGCGCCCGAAUAGGGACCCUGCAUCAACUACAUGCAGAUCCAUUUGCUGCGCCUCCUUGUGCAGAAUCGACGAGACCAGAUCCAGUUUCGGCCCCAAGGCCCUCAUAUCCUGUUUCGCAACAACCGCGACCAGAAUUGAAUCCUUCACAUCCUAUCUGUCAUCCUAAUUCGGAUCCUCGUGCAUCAUUCCAACCACAGUGUACACAGUCUAAUCAUCAAGGUUCUGAGCGAUCCAACCAAAACGAUCGAGACGAAGAACAUUAUGAUCCGUGUCCGCUUACCCGCAAACAAUUAGCCGCUCGUCAAGCAAUUUCGAGAGACUUGCCGAUGUUCUCUGGGAACCCUGAGGAAUGGCCUCUUUUCCUCUCCACCUUCAACAGUACGACAAUGAUGUGUGGGUUUACCGACGAGGAGAACAUAGUUCGCCUGCAGCGGAGCUUAAAAGGUCGAGCAUACGAAGCGGUAAAAUGCCGACUAAUGCAUCCCUCCAAUGUGACCGGAGUAAUAUCGACGCUCAAGAUGUUGUUCGGACAACCUGAGGUUAUUAUUAGUUCGCUGAUUAGAAAGAUCAAUUCCCUUCCACCACUGAAGGAGGAUAAAUUAGAAACGCUCGUAGACUUUGCUGUUCACGUAGAAAAUUUUUGUGCGACAGUAGACGCGUGUGGACUGGAGGAAUACUUCUAUAAUGUAACAUUUCUCCAUCAACUCGUCAGCAAACUACCACCUGCUAUCAAAUUAAAUUGGGCACAACAUAGGCAAACGCUUCCCAUGAUCAACUUACCAUCGUUUAGCAGCUGGCUGUAUACGUUAGCGGAAGCCGCUAGCGCCGUAAUUAUCCCCAAUGUCACUUCUGAUCCAACACCCGUUCGGAAUGAGACUCGUGGUAGUAAAAAAUGGAAUUCCUACGUCAACGCACACUCGGAAGAAACUUCAUCAAAUUAUCAUAACACUCCAUCAUACAAACCAAAUGCACUCAACGAUGUCUGUCCAGUAUGCAAAGGAACCUGCAAAUGGAUUGCCAAAUGCAAGCAUUUUAUAGAGUUCUCUCGUGAUGCACGUUGGGCUACAGUCCGAGACCUCGGACUUUGUCGGAGGUGCUUACGUCGACAUAAUGGUGGAUGUCAAGCUAAACUCUGCGGAAAAAACGGAUGCGAGUUAAAACAUCAUGAGCUGCUACAUAACGACCAGAAAAACGCGUCGUCAUCCUCCACUAAGCCAGUAGCAGCUUCUGCAAAUAAACCUACGAUGGUUCAGCGCAAUAAUCCAUCUUCUCCAGGAACGAGUACAUCUGAACACGGAUGCCACACUCAUCAGGUAACAUCCAGCCGAAUUCUAUUCCGCUACAUACCGAUAGUUGUUCAAGGAAAGCACGGUUUAAUAACGACAUUUGCCUUUUUGGAUGAUGGUUCGGCGCUCACACUUCUCGAUAAUGAUUUAGCUGAUGAACUGAUGCUCGAAGGAGAGAAAAAACCGUUGUGUUUACAAUGGACUGGCGGGGCACAGAGACGAGAAGACAAUUCAAGAUCCGUCAGUCUUACUGUAGCAGCAGCACACCGUCCAUCCAAGCAGUAUACCUUGAACGGCGUACGCACAGUGGAUGAACUGUUAUUACCACCACAAACGCUUAACGUAGAAGAACUUCGCAAGCGAUGUUCUCAUCUUAAUGAUUUACCAAUUGCCUCAUACGAAGAUGUUCGACCGAGAAUACUGAUUGGAAUGAAGGAUCAGCACCUCAGUCUAGUUCUGAAAAGCCGAGAGGGAACACAAAACCAGCCGAUUGCUGUUAAGACCAGAUUAGGCUGGACAAUCUGCGGAGGAGGGAAUCAGGACGACGCUACCAAUCUAGUGCACUCAAUUUUCCACGUGUGCCCUUGUGAAAAACGAACGGAUGAGGACCUACACAAAGCGAUGAAGGAAUAUUUCGCAAUUGAUAGUUUGGGGGUCGCACAACCAAAAAAAACGCUUCUGUCUGCAGAAGAUGAACGAGCCCAGUUUCUGCUAGAAUCUACGACCGUGCUCAAGGGUGGCCGCUACGAAACCGGCCUAUUAUGGCGCUACGACUCUGUUCGUUUACCAGACAGUCGUUCAAUGGCACUACGCCGACUUCAAUGCCUCAAAACACGAAUGGAUAGAGACCCUCAGCUCGCGGAUGCGCUUAACCAGAAAAUCAGCGAGUUUGUCACAAAAGGAUACGCCAGAAAACUUUCCGAUGAAGAACUGAAACAGCCACUGCAGCGAGUCUGGUAUUUGCCCACUUUCCCCGUUACAAAUAUCAAUAAACCAGGGAAAAUUCGAAUAGUGUGGGACGCUGCUGCCUCCGCUCAUGGAGUAUCACUAAAUUCCGCUCUAUUGAAAGGUCCUGAUCAGCUCUGCGUUCUGUUCACGAUUCUGAUUCAGUUCCGGGAAGGACGGAUAGGUCUCACCGGAGAUGUACGUGAGAUGUUUUUGCAAGUUCUUAUGCGUUUAGAAGAUCAGCAUUGCCAACGAUUCUUUUGGUACGAUGAAGAAGGUAAAAUUGUGGUUUACGUGCUGCAGGUGAUGUCCUUUGGCGCCUGUUGCUCCCCUAGCAGUGCCCAAUACGUCAAAAACGUUAAUGCGGAACGCUUUAAAGCAAAUUUUCCAGCGGCAGUAGAAGUGAUACAAAAACGACACUAUGUCGACGAUAUGCUGGUUAGCGUCGAGAGUGAAGAUGAGGCGAUUCGACUUGCCCAACAGGUAAAGAAGGUGCACUCGAAAGGCGGAUUCGAGAUCUGUAACUGGAUCAGCAACUCUAAACGCGUCAUAGCGGCAUUGCAAGUGGAACCAACGAAAGAGAAGAACCUUGACUUAUCUCCAGAACUAGCCACGGAGAAAGUGCUUGGAAUGUGGUGGUGUACUAAAUCGGAUACCUUUACUUACAAGGUCGGUUGGACUCGCUAUGGACAAGCGCUGCUGGAAGGACAACGGCAUCCCACUAAGAGAGAGAUGCUGCGGGUUCUCAUGUCCAUGUUCGAUCCACUUGGUCUUAUCGCUCACCUCCUCAUGUACUUGAAGGCAUUGCUUCAGGACGUAUGGCGUUCAGGGAUCGGCUGGGAUGACGAAAUUAGCGACUCUCUUUUCGACAAGUGGCAAACCUGGCUGCAAGUCCUCCCGAAAGUUGAAAAAAUUAGCAUUCCGCGGUGCUAUCGCGCACAAGUCACUUCAGACUGCAAAAAUAUCCAGCUGCAUACAUUUGUUGACGCCGGCGACAGCGGGGUUGCUGCGGCUUGUUAUCUGCGUUUCUCCCAGUAUGACAUCGUUGAAUGCAGCUUAGUAGCUGCUAAAACGAGGGUUGCGCCAUUAAAAUACCUUUCAACGCCUAGAUUGGAACUUCAAGCGGCCUUGAUUGGUUCCAGGCUUGCUCGGUCCAUAUCAGGAGCACUAUCGGUGAAUAUAUCACGUCACUACUACUGGUCGGAUUCACAAGACGUAUUGUGUUGGAUCCACUCAGAUCAUCGCCGCUACUCGCCUUUCGUUGCGUUCCGAGUAAGCGAGAUCUUAGACACCACAGAAAUGACCGAAUGGAGAUAUGUGCCAACUAACCUAAACGUAGCGGAUGAAGGGACGAAGUGGAAAGGGCUUCCGGAUCUGUCUUCGGAAGCUAGAUGGUUCAAAGGUCCUGAGUUUUUGCGACAUCCAGAAGAAAAUUGGCCACGUUCAAGUACUACAGUGAAAACCACCGACCUGGAGCUUCGCCCUAGUGUGCUAGCGCAUUUCGUAUCUCUAGAACCUAUAGUUUGCGUAAGGGAAUUUUCCAGUUGGAAACGGCUUAUCAAUGUAGUCGCCUUUGUUCAACGAUUUCCUGCCAAUUGCAGGUUGAAGCUCCUGAAGAAAUCAAUCGCGAGUGGACCAAUUUCUGGACAAGAAAUGUUGUCUGCCGAAAUGUAUCUAAUUCGUCAAGCUCAGCAAGAAUCUUUUCCAGAUGAGAUUGUCAUCCUUCGAAAGCAGCAAAAGUGUUCGGCUCAAACCUCAAAUCCGAUUCCCCAGACUAGUGCAUUGCACCAGAAAACACCUUGGAUGGACCAAAAUGGAAUAAUAAGAAUGCGUGGACGUAUCGCUGCAUGUCACUAUGCGACCGAAGAUGCCAAGUAUCCAAUAAUACUCUCGCGUGACCACCACACCACUAAAUUAAUCGUCGGUCAUUACCAUCAAAAAUACCAUCACCAAAACCAUGAAACCGUGAUAAACGAGAUCCGUCAAAAAUACAGCAUACCGAAACUUCGCAUGAUCUUCAAAAAAGUACGUGGAGACUGCCAACUCUGCAAGAAUAACCGGGCUAUACCGUGUCCACCUAUCAUAGCUGACCUUCCCGAAGCACGACUUGCUGCUUUCGAACGCCCAUUCACUCAUGUUGGCAUUGACUUUUUUGGGCCAUAUGAAAUUGUUAUUGGACGUCGAAUUGAGAAAAGAUGGGGAAUGCUCGCAACUUGCCUCACGAUCCGAGCGAUUCAUAUCGAGGUCGUUCAUUCCCUCAACACCGAUUCAUGCGUCAUGGCAAUACGAAACUUUAUCUCUCGGCGAGGCAAACCGCGGGUGUUUCAUAGCGACCGUGGCACCAAUUUUAUCGGUGCCAACAGAGAACUGAGGGAAGCGGAAAAAUCUGUGAACCAAAAUGAUCUGAUGAAAGAAUUUGUGGAUGGCGAAACGAAGUGGGAGUUUUUGCCACCCUCUUCUCCGCAUAUGGGCGGCAGCUGGGAGCGGUUGAUUGGUUCCGUCAAGAAAAACCUGAUGGCAAUUCUACCCGCACGGAAGCUGUCGGAUGAGGUCCUGCGGAAUGUGCUUACCGAAAUUGAAAACACGGUCAAUUCUCGACCGCUAACUCACGUUCCAGUUGACGACGACUCAGCUCCUGCCUUGACACCUAACCACUUCCUCCUUGGGUCAUCGAAUGGAAUUAAACCGCUCUGCACUCUCGAUGACAGCGAUGUCGUGUUAAAACAAGGCUGGACACUAUCCCAAGUUCAGACUAACUUGUUUUGGAAGCGUUGGGUAAGCGAUUACUCGUCUGAAAUAACUCGACGUACCAAGUGGUUCGUCCAUACAAAACCAAUCGAAGUGGACGAUAUAGUGGUGAUAGCCGAUCCUAAGAUGCCACGGAACUGCUGGCCGAAAGGCAGAAUUAUUUGCGUCCAUCCUGGACGAGAUCACCAACCCAGGUCUGCGACUGUGAGGACAAUGACUGGUAUAUAUGAGCGUCCGGUAGCCAAGUUAGCUGUGCUAGAUGUGCGGCGCGGAGGAGCGUAA